AUGCCUCCAAAGAAGAAGAACAUAAGCAAUAACAUGACUUCCCAAGAUGGGCCAGACCAUGGUGAUUCGGAAUCAAGGCAAAAUGCCUCAUCUAGAGAAGAAGAACGUGCAAGUGAGGGAGCUUUUACCCUCUCAGACCUUGUUGCAACCAUCCAUGCUAUGGAGGAGAUCAAGAGGGAGAUGGCAGACACAAUCAAAGAGCUGAAAAUUCGGUUUCUAAGCCAAGCGAAGAAAAUGAAAGACUUCUACAAGAGGAAUCUGCUGCUGCCGGAAAGGGGUCUGAACAAAAGGGACCAUAUUUUGUCACCCAAUAGGAUGUUAUUGCUAUGCUGGAAAAGGAGCUAA